UAAAAAUCAAAGAUUAAAAAUAUGGCAAUUUAUACUAAAAAAUGAUGAAGCCACAAAAAUGUGAGUUCCACAAAUUCACAUUAUUUUUUUCUCUUUAAUCAUUUAAAAACAUUUUCAAUGCAAAUUAACUGCUUCAGUUUGUCAAAUCAAAUUCCCCUUACAAAAACAGAACUGGUACAAGCUACAGGUGUACUGUGUAUUCUCCAACAUCCACAUUUUAUUAGCUGAAGUGAUGGCAAAAUUGCUAGGAAAGGAAUACUGUUCUGGAACGACUGCUCCUGCUUGAACCUUCCAUCAACACCACCAGGUCCACCACAGGGUGGAGCGCUUGUACAGAAACCCUAUAUGUCAGGCACGCUUUUCCUAAGUUGACGAGUUGAUAGCAUGAAAAAAAGUUUUGUAGCUUUAAGUAAUCCUUGACAAUGUAACUAUGAUCUAAUGCCAUUUUUUCAAUAAUCUGGGCUGAUUAUAGUUACUUGUUAACUUUACUAGUCUCGAUUACAUGAUAUCCAUUUAUACCCAGCCCUGAGUGAAAUGUGCUCUGACUAAGGACUUUGAAAUUUUGAGUAACAGUGACAGCGGAAGAUAUUAAGAUAGUCCUCAAUGAGACAGCAUCCUAUCAUCAGCGACUCACGUAAAAGCAAUGCUUUGAGUCUCCACAAGACACAAGGCAGACUUUAAAUGAAUAUGGGGAAACAAGUCUUGCCCACUGGGCUUAGUAAUUGCACAUUACGAAAACCACUCAUGGCAGUUAUGUGCUGCCAUAGCGUGUGAUGGAUUUGGGUGUGUCAUUCAUGUUUGUUAUGUGGCUCUUAAGAUGAGAACAGCUGUCUGUGUUCUGUCUGGAUGAGUUGGCCACACCUGUUAUGACAUACACAAGCUCAGACUCCAGACAACCUUGAUCUGAAGACCAAACAGUGAAAUGGUGACAUCUUGUUGGUGUUUUUCAGCCGCUUUAUCCUGUCCUCAACUGUUGAUGGUUGACUGCAAAAGAAGCUUGAGAGAAAGCUGCCAUUGUCUAAACUGAAAAUGCAAACUGCCCUUUGCUGUCAUUUUCAUAUUAUAUGAGCUGACAUGACGAUAUCUCAAAUUCAAAAGCAAAAGGCUCAAUUUACAUUUUCAGGGUGUACAGUGUCUGCCAAAAUCAGGAUGCAAGGUCCAUUUCAUACUCUCUUAGUAUCAAAUAGCCUGGGAACCAGAUGAAUCUGCCAGCUCAUGUUUUCAUGCAGGAAGUAGAGAGGGUUGGCCACUAAUCAGAAGAUCAGCAGAUCGAUUCCCGGCUCCUCUGUCUGCAUGUUUAAGUUUCCUCAUGCAAGAGACUGAGACGCAAAUUGCUGUGGUGUCUGUGCCAUCGAUAUGUGAUUGCGUGCAAAUGUCAACUGAGCAGUUGUUAGAACACGCCUUGUAUGGUAGGAUGGUAGGUAUGGAUGCGUGGCAAGUAGUGUAUGAGCGUUUUGAGUGGUCAGAAGUCUAGAAAGCUAUACAAAUGCAAGUCCAUUUACCAUAUUUGCUCAGGCAAAUGGAUUCAGUCCCCCUCCUGUUCAAACAAAUUCCGAGCCGAUGUGGCUCAGGUCAUUUUGCCUAAUGCAAAGUAUGUGAUAGAGCCUUUUGUCAUUGUGGCUCAUGCACACUUGGUGACACUACAGUGACCAUAAACCUAGCGUAGUAAAAGGAAAUGCUCUUGAGACAUUUUCAAAACCAAAACCAAGAUGGUUGCAGCUAAUGUGGAGCUUUGUGCUGAGGUACUACUCAACACUGCUCAACACUUGUUUACAGACAUAUUAAUGCUAUAUAAUGACAGCUAAUCUCUGCACACUGUAGUCUGUUUACAGCACUGCGUCACAUGUUUCCUUGCUCUGAUUGGAUGAAUGUCUGUCAAUUGCAUCAAGAGGCACUUCACCUGCAUUGAUAAAGCUGAAAAUGAAAGUUUGCAGGCUAACUUUCAUUUCCAAGUUGGCUCUGAAAGGCUCUCUAAAUAUUACUGUUUUUGUGCAUUUUCAAACAUGAAAAAGAAAAGUAAAGCAUACAAUGUGAUCUAAGGUCUCUCACACUCAGGAUGUCAUGUGGGUAGAACAGUAAAAUACAAAUUUCUGCAAACUAUUGCAUUGACAGAGGUCUGAGAAAAGGCUCACAAAAAACUCUGCAACCUCAAAGACACAAACACUAGACCACCAGAGUCAUCGCAACAUUCACUUCCUGUAUGGAAACCAUUUCUUGUGUGUGUGGGAGGCCUGGCCAGGUUUAAACUUCACCUCACAUACAUGCUGGCUACUGUGUCAUUCGCAGUAUUUCGUAGUACAAUAUACAGUUUCCUCUUUUUUGUUACCUUAGUAAUAUUAAAUUACGGCUGUAGUUAAGAUUCAAGGAACUUAGAACGAGACACAACAGCAGAUACAGAUACUCACUACCGGUAAGUGUAGUUGCUAUAUUUAUCAGACUGGGUCUGGUUAGAAAAGAUGUGACUUUCUAAACACUUUAAUUUUAUUAGUCUGUGACUCACUGUUAUUGCUGCUUUUUUUGGGCAGGAAACUCUUGAAAAGGGGAUUUUUUCAGACCAUAUGUUUGAAGUUGACCACAUUAUAAACCCAAAUAAACAUGAGGUUUAACAAAACUGUUUCUGUUUAAAGGUGUAAUGGAGGAUUUCUGUAAAUAUCUGGCCAUCAACAAGACCGUUUCUCUGAUAUGUUGCAUGUUUUGGAUUUUCUCAGCAGCAGAAGGAAACAGCAUCUCUACGGUGGUUGGCAGCAAAGUGAUCCUGCGCUGCAAGAACAGGACAAACGACACGCUCACUCAGCUGACAUGGAAAAUGAACAACGUUCGCCUGUUAACCUUCAAACCAGUGAGACUCUUGGAUGAGAGUCAGAAAGCUCGCAGCCUGAAAAUAAAUAUAUCUCUGUCGGGGAGCGAGAUGUACGCACUGGUCAUAGAGAGAGCCGAGAAGUCUCAUACAGGAAACUACACCUGUGAGAUCAACACAGAUAAAGGAUCUGGGGAACAGAAAUGGGAGCUGAUAAUUAAAGAGCAUGAAGAAAGUGGAAAUUUGAACAAGCUACUGAUUGUCGUGGCGGUCACUGUUCCUUGUGUGUGUUGCCUGAUCUUUGUAAUUGCUUUCGCCAUUCUGAGAAGAGUCUGCAAACGUGCAGGGGGUCGUUCUCGCAGUGCAGAAAUGCGGGAGAGAGAAGAAGAUAUUUAUGAAAACUGCCUGGAAACUAAUCAACGACGUGGCUAUAAUCAGCCAAACCAUUACAAGCCCAGGGCACACUGAUAGGAAGGGCAGUUCAAUUAUGGGAAAGAGAGCGCAGGAAGUGGACUAAUGCUUGAAACCACUAACUUCAUAGGAAAAACCAUCUCUUCUCGAGUAAAACCUCUUUUUUCACAUCCUCUGUCUAAAGAACUUUCACUCUGAAUAACUACUUCAGUCUUUUUAUAUAUACACAUAUAUAAAUAUUUUUUUUUACACAUAAUUAACUGCUUU